AUGGUUCAAGGGCGCUGGGCCCAUUCACACUGCUCUGUGGCCGUCACCGCCAUCCACCCGCAGAACAUCUUGUCCUCCCAAACUGGAACUCUGCCCCUUGGGACACACUUGCCUUCCCCCCAGCCCCCGGCCCCCUGCCCCUUCCUGUCUCUCACACGGCGUCAUGGACGGGCUCUCUCGCCCAGCAGCAGGACUGAUGUCCUAACCCUGACCCCUUGGCUGGCGCCCAUGGUCUGGGAGGGGACCUUCAACAUCGACAUCCCGAAUGUGCAGUUCCGGCUCCAGAGCGCCACCGUCGGGCUGACCGUGUUUGCCAGCAAAGAAUACGUGGUCCUCCUGCGGCUCUUCCUGGAGACAGCGGAGAAGCACUUCAUGGAGGGACACAAAGUCGACUGCUACCUACGUCUGCCCCGACCAGCUGGGCUGGCAGUGCUCCAGGCGCCCAGCCCCGCGCGCUGGCAGGACGCGUAGGGGCCACUGCUGCGGCGGCGCUUCCCUGGCGACGUGGAUGCCCUCGUGGGCGCCCACGUGGACCUGCGCUUCCGGGACCAAGUGGGGGUGGAGAUCCUGGCCCCACUCUUGGGGUCCCUGCACCCCGGCUUCUACCGCACACCAACCCUGCCCCCUGCCUCCACCAGGCCCUCACCUCCGAGCGCCUGGGUCCCCGCGCACAUUCCCUGGGGCCAGGGCGACUUCUACUACAUCGGGGCCCUGGUCGGGGUCACCUCCGCCUGUCCCCAGGCCAGGUCGGCCGACCCGGUGGGCGGUGUGGAGGCGGCAUGGCACGGCCACAGCCACCUGAACAGGAGCCUGCUGGACCACAAGCCCAGCCAAGUGCUGUCCCCCCAGAACUGGCUGGGCUGGCCCGUGGACCUGAGGAAGCGGAGGUUCGUGGUGGUGCCCACGCAUCACCAGGAAAUUCUGCCGAAUGAGGGGCUGCGGGGAGGGCUGGGGAGGGGCGCAGCCCUGCCCUCGGAGAGCCCACCCCCGGAGGCAGCAUCUCAGCCACGGCCGCUGGGGGCGGGGCAGAGCCAGGGCCUCUCCAGCACAACAUCUUGCACCAUGGGCAAGGCUGAGGACAGUGAAGGGAACAGGUAUGCGGGGGUGAUGAGCAGCACGGGCACUCCAACCAAGACCUCACAUCCCCUCCACCACAGCCCCCGCCCGGUCGGUCCUGAGCGGCUGGACAGGGACGCCUGCGGGACCUGCGGAUCCCACCUGAGCUGGGACACCUGCCCGGGCCCUGAACUCCUCUGA